UAUAAACUCUUACGAGUCAUACAAUAAUACCAGAUAUAAGCAUGUGGUAACCCACCCAAUUUUUAACCGAACCAUAACUCCACAUAACUAUAGUUAUGUUAAAAUAUGUACUUUAGAUAAUUUGGUACAAAUUUUGUUUAAUGUGUACUCUGUUUAAACCGACGUGAUAACAAAAUACAUGCAAAUAAAGUGUCAGUAUUUUUAAUGGUGAGUAACAAUAGCAUUAUCAUUAUGGUAAAUGAUAUACUGGUCUCCUAUGAACAUAAUCGUGUUUCAUCUACAUGUAUUCAGAUGAUAUAAAAAGGAGUUCAUAAAAUUUAGUGUCUAUUGAAAUCAUCAUAUAUAGAGAGAUCGUCAGUUCAACUGUUAAAGCAGCGUCCUCUACAAAAGCGUUUAGUAUCGUAUGGUAGAAAAAGAAAACGAUUGACAGUUUUAACAAAGCCACAAGUUUUGUCAAGGACAAGAAUGUCUGAUCUGUUGACAUUUUUCAACUUCUUUGUGUUUGUAGCUGCCAUUUCUGGACAAAAUAUGUUAGAUGUAGAGCCAACACGAUACGAUAUGAUGCACUAUCUAGUUGAUGACCGCCGAUAUGAUCCAAGUCUACCACCAGAUUUUUACAUAGGAAACAGUACUACUGUAUCUGUAGAAUUGUUCAUAUACGACCUCAAUUCCGAAAACGACAUGAACAUGGAGUAUGAAUGUACCUUGUACUUGCGGAUGAAAUGGACAGACCAGCGCCUUGACUUCACAGAAAAUAAAACUUCUUAUGACACUCUGUCAUUAGGCGACACAAGCGUAGGCAAACUCUGGUUACCAGACCUUUAUUUUCACCAUGAGAGAGAGGCAGAACUCCAUGGGCUAUUUACAAAGAACCAAUUAGUUUAUAUUCAUAAAAACGGCAGCGUACUCUACAGUGGCAGAUAAGUGAAAUAUGAUUAUGAUGAUGAUAAUAAUAAUUAGUAUUAUAAUAAUUAUAGUAAUGUUAAUACAUAUUAAAAGAUGAUAAUGACAAUGAAUGAUGGUAUUAAUCAAGAUGAAUACUUUAGGAAAUGAUGUAUAUCAAACAUAUAUCACAGGCGCUUGAAGCUUUAUAAAUAAAUAUAUGUAUGCAGUAUCAUAUCCCACCCACUUAAUAUACCAUGAAACAGUACAGGUUGGCAAGUAAAUCACGUAUUUUUAUUCAUUUUUUACCGUCUAAAACCAACCAGCAUCUCAGUUAUCAAUGUGAAUAACCUUUCAGAGGAAAGAAAAAAAGAUUCAUUCUGAAGAAUAUUAAAGUCUAUCAUUUUACCAGCAAAAAGGCAAUACCAAAAUUGCCGUUUUGGUAGUCCGUCAUUCUAUAUCGAACUCCGGUUGUAAAAUCCGAAGUAAAUCAUUUCUGGAAAAAAAACAUAGAUUAAACAUCAACAAAUUUUACCAAAAAAUUAGAUUUUUGCAGAUACCCACCAAAUAUUUGCAAGUAUAAUGUAGUUUUCUGUUCCACCUUGCCGCUAUGGCAAUUUACGCUAUGACGUGAUAAUUUUGACGUACAAACAGAAAUAAUGUUGCAUAAUAGUAUUCUUUGUUUGGUACGCAAAUAAUCGGAAAGUGUUAGAACAUACUAGAACUCUACACGCUGGCACUUGACCCGUUCUGGUAAAUUCAGGUCGUAGCGGGAUAGAAUGGUUGAGUUCAGAAACAUGCUCUCAGCUUACAAUUUACUAUUAAAUAUAUGUAUUUACUAGUGAAGUGUUAUGUGUUUUGUGUUAUAUUGUUCACAGGUUUAAUAUAAAGGCGCACUGCAAGAUGGACUUGACAAAGUACCCAUACGACACACAGAAAUGCCCGAUUAUUAUCCAAAGCUGUAAGUAUAAAUUGCACUUGUAUUAUCAUUGGUGAUGAGAAAUAAUAAAACGCCAUCACUUCCUAACCUUUACC